AUAUGAUAAGACAUUCUUGAUAUUUAUGGAGCAAAAUAUUGAGAGGUCUUCAUAUGCAAACAGGGGUUUCAGAGUUCAAGCUCCACUAUUUUUGAAGAUACUGGGUAAAUGUUCUGUUGAAGGUACAAUCUUUAAUGGUAAUCAUUUUGUUUUUGUUUUGUUUUUUGACUUUGAAGUUUGAACUCUCAAUAUCAUUACUCUUGUCAAAGCAAUUUUAUUAGUUGAGAUGAGUCUUCAUACAUGGUCUCUUUCUUAUCUGUUUUGGAUGAAUAAAAUACAGUAUAUUUACCAUAGGAAGAUAUUAUUAGCAUACUUGGUAAGAAUUAUUAGAUUCCACUAGACAGUGUUAAAGAAGAGAGGACACUACAAUCUUAUUCAUUAAAUUGUCCAGUUUUUUCCAAUGCCAAACAUAUACUAUAUGUCUAUAAUGGGACGUAAGGAUUUACUAUUCCUCCUUUGAUGUAGGUUUGAUUUUGUGGACAAUGUUAUGAGUGCAAUUAUUUCGAUUGUUAACUUGUAUAUGUAGCGUAGGCUGCCACUUAACAUUAGCAAAGUGAGGUCGUGGCGGAGUGAGAAUGGGGAUGGUGGGAGGUCAUCAUCGGUGUUUCAAAACUAUUUCGACUCAAAUUGAAUGCAGUAGGCUUUUUAGAGCCAAUUAAAAAUUUGACAGUCCCUUAUUUGAGUUUUAUUGAUUGGUUAUACUUGCCUCAUUCAAUGGAGCAUAUCUUGCGUAAGCUUUAAAAAACUACCAUUUACAUGAAUGAUAAGAUACCAAUGGAAAAAAGAGUCUAUUGAAUUUUCUAGUAGAUAUAGUUAUGGAUUGAACGAAGUAGUAGAUGGGGAAUCAUGUACUCGACCCCAAAUUUAUUGAAAUAAGGUAUAGUAGUUGUCGUUGUUAGUAAGGCUUAAGCGCAAGACGCUAAUCGCAGUUGUGUGUCUGGUUUAACUGGAUAUUUUCUAUGGGCCUGGUUUCUGCUUGUUAAAGUGUUAAGAUUUAGUCAACACAUCCUUUUUGUACAAAAAUUAGUCAUCGGUAGAUACCUCAGUUUAUUUUAAUGGGCAUGUUUUAGUUUUUACUCUCUUUCUAAAUCUUUCGAUAAGUUCUGGUUUCUUUCUAUUUGCUUCUACUUCAGCCCCUCCAAAUGUGCUCCUUUAUUCUUCUCUUUUCAACACAUCGUGUUAAACAAAGUGUGGCUGUUUCUUGAGAACUUCACAUCUUGAAUUAUUCUUUGCAAAAUUUGAAUUACCUCAUGCCCAUCAUGACAGAUUGUGAGGAGCUUAAUCAUACUAUGUACACUUCCUAGAUCCAAGACUAACCUUCGUGCAGUAAGGUGGACGGGGAUGGUAACAUGCGAGGUUGAUUCUGUAUCAUGCUAUUGCAAGGUUGAAUCAGGUCUGAAAACAGUUGCUGGAGCAAGAAAAUUUGUCCCAGGAGCAAAGCUUUGUAUCCAACCAGAUAUUAAUCCUCGAGCACAUAAAACAAGAAGUUCCUGUAGGGAGAGGAGAGUGCAGCCACCUCUCCUGCCUGGACUUCCUGACGAUCUUGCAAUUGCUUGUCUAAUCCGUGUCCCUCGUGUCGAACAUAAUAAGCUUCGUCUAGUUUGCAAGAGAUGGUACAACUUGCUUUCUGGGAACUUUUUUUAUUCUCUCCGAAAGAGUCUCAGUAUGGCCGAAGAGUGGGUGUAUGUUGUAAAAAGAGAUCGCGAUGGACGGAUUUCAUGGCAUGCCUUUGACCCAAUAUACCAACUGUGGCAGCCACUCCCACCUGUUCCCGCGGAAUACAGUUCAGCCAUUGGAUUUGGUUGUGCUGUCCUUAGCGGUUGCCUCCUCUACUUAUUUGGAGGAAAAGAUCCAUUAAAGGGAUCUAUGAGACGGGUAAUAUUUUACAGCGCUCGAACAAAUAAAUGGCACAGGGCACCGGACAUGCUUCGUAAACGGCAUUUCUCUGGUUCUUGUGUCAUUAAUAACUGUCUUUAUGUAGCCGGGGGAGAAUGUGAUGGGAUCCAUAGAACUCUUCGUUCAGCUGAAGUUUACGAUCCCAAUAGAAAUCGCUGGAGUUUUGUAGCUGACAUGAGUACAGGAAUGGUGCCAUUUAUUGGCGUUGUGUACGACGGAAAAUGGUAUUUAAAAGGACUCGGAGCUCACCGGGAGGUAUUGAGCGAAGCCUAUAUUCCAGAAGCCAAUAUAUGGACUCCGAUCAAUGAUGGGAUGAUUGCUGGGUGGCGCAACCCGAGUAUCUCUUUGAAUGGGAAGCUUUAUGCUCUUGACUGCCGGGACGGGUGUAAGCUUCGAGUAUAUGACGAAGCAACAAAGUCUUGGAAUAGAUUUAUAGAUAGCAAGCUCCACCUUGGCAACUCGCGUGCUUUGGAGGCUGCUGCUCUUGUUCCUCUUAAUGGUAAGCUUUGCAUCAUGCGUAACAAUUUAAGCAUCAGUAUGGUUAACGUCACAAAACCUGAUAAACGAACGGAGAGUAAUCCGGAUAUUUGGGAAAAUAUUUUCGCUAAAGGGCAUGCUCGGAAUCUUUUCACAAAUUUAUGGUCGAGUAUAGCCGGACGAAGUGGGUUGAAGAGUCACAUUGUGCACUGUCAGGUUCUUCUAGCAUGAAAUGGGCAUUUGAAGCAUGCUCCAUUUUCCUUGUCUUUUAAGUACAGUAUUUUCGUUCGUCGAAGAUUUUCACUGUUGUUUAUCGACACUUUUUAGGCUCUACUAGUUGCGUUCUUUUUUUUUCUUUCAACUUGAGGUUAAAUGAGGAAAAUUUGUUUCAUGUUUCUUUUGGGAUAUCCAUUGUUUGAAUUUUUCGAGAUUCUUUGUGAAUAUAAUCGUCUUUGUUUACUAAUAAAUCAAAUUUAUGUAUCGAAAUUCA